GAGGCGCGCGUCUAGACUGCGGCCAUGGAGGGAGCUGGCGCGGGCUUCCGGAAGGAGCUGGUGAGCAAACUGCUGCACCUGCACUUUAAGGAUGACAAGACCAAAGUCAGCAGUGACGCACUGCAGCUCAUGGUGGAGUUGCUGAAGAUCUUCGUUGUGGGAAGAAGCAGCUAUCCGUGGGGUCCGGCAGGCCCAGGCAGAGGAUGUGACUCGGGUAGAUGUGGAUCAGCUGGAGAAGGUGCUUCCUCAGCUGCUCCUGGACUUCUAGGGGUCUCCAUCCUCGAUGAGGCCACACCAGGGAGGCCUGUGGCCUAAGGGAAGCAGGCCUCGUGUCUCUUGUAGCCUCUGGUUUCGGAUGGGGAAGGACCUACCUGAGGGGUUUGGAGCAGAUUCAAAGCAACGUUUAGACCAGAUCCCUGAGACUCUCCUCCAGCUUUUGCAAAAUGGGCAGGCCAUCCUGAACUGCUGCCUUUCCUAGCAUCCUCUGCCCUGUUGCUGUGGCGCAUGGGAUGGGCAGUAGAACCUGGGGGUUCCCUGCCUCCUGUCUGGGCUGCCACACGGGGUCCCAGGAAAGCAGGUGCUAGGGAAAGGCUGGCCCUUGCCUACCUCACUGUGCCCCAGCUGGCAGCAGGUACCUGUGUGUUACAAACAGCGGCUGGCAGCACUGCCUCCUCCUGACAUUCUUGCCACCUGACAUCAAAGCUGGUGUGUGACCUUUCUGCCACUUGAUAUUCUCCUCAGAAGAUGCUUCCCUGAGCUAUAAAUUUGUUCUCACAAAGCAACAUCAAUAAAUCAAAACCAUCUCUCCCA